CAAGUGCGACUACCUGCAUUGCACCUUGCCUAACCCUAGCCAUGGAGAACGACGGCGUCCCCAACGGACCAGCGGCGCCGGCGCCUACCCAGGCGACCCCGGAGGUGCGGGAGCAGGACCGGCUGAUGCCGAUCGCAAACGUGAUCCGCAUCAUGCGCCGCGCGCUCCCUGCCCACGCCAAGAUCUCCGACGAAGCCAAGGAGGCGAUCCAGGAAUGCGUGUCGGAGUUCAUCAGCUUCGUCACCGGCGAGGCCAACGAACGGUGCCGCAUGCAGCGCCGCAAGACCGUCAACGCCGAAGACAUCGUGUGGGCCCUAAACCGCCUCGGCUUCGACGACUACGUCGUGCCCCUCAGCGUCUUCCUGGAGCGCAUGCGCAACCCCGAGGCGGGGACAGGUGGUGCCGCUGCAGGCUACAGCCGCGCCGUGACGAGUGCGCCUCCCCGUGCGGCCCCGCCUGUGAUCCAUGCCGUGCCGCUGCAGGCUCGGCGCCCGAUGUACGCGCCCCCAGCUCCGGUGCAGGCUCAUAAUCAGAUGCAGCGGCCUGUGUAUGCUCCCCCGGCUCCGGUACAGGUUCAGAUGCAGCAGGCCAUCUACGGGCCCCGGGCUCCAGUGCACGGGUACGCCGUCGGAAUGGCACCCGUGCGGGCCAACGUCGGCGGGCAGUACCAGGUGUUCGGCGGAGAGCGUGUCAUGGGCCAGCAAUACUACGGGUACGGUUACGGGGAAGGAGCAUACGGCGCAGGUAGCAGCAACGGAGGAGCCGGCAUUGGCGACGAGGAGAGCUCGUCCAACGGCGUGCCGGCGCCGGGGGAGGGCAAGGGGGAGCCAGAGCUAGAGCCAGCAGCAGAAGAAUCGCAGGACAAGCCCGUCCAAUCUGGCUAGCCGCGUGGGCGGCGCGCGCGUUAGCUUCUGCAUCCUGCUUACUGGAAUAAUUUGCCGUGUCGAUCCGGCCAUGGUUUGUGUGUGCGUACUGCUUAUCUAAUGUGGGCUUGUCCUUUAGUAAUUCAUGUACUGCUUAUCUAAUGUGGGCUUGUCCUCUAGUAAUUCAUGUACUCUUUGCUGUUAAAGUUAUUGUCGUUUAAUUUGGUUUUGCUUAA